AUGGCUGCUUCAACAAUGGCUCUCUCUUCCUCAUCAUUGGCUGGCCAAGCCAUCAAGCUUUCCCCCUCCACCCCUGACAUUUCCACUGGAAGGAUUUCCAUGAGGAAAACAGCCUCCAAGUCUGUUUCCUCCGGAAGCCCAUGGUACGGCCCAGACCGUGUCAAGUACUUGGGCCCAUUCUCCGGUGAGGCCCCAUCUUACCUCACUGGUGAAUUCCCAGGUGACUAUGGCUGGGACACUGCCGGCCUUUCUGCUGACCCCGAGACUUUUGCUAGAAACCGUGAACUUGAAGUCAUCCACUCCAGAUGGGCUAUGUUGGGAGCCUUGGGCUGUGUUUUCCCCGAACUCUUGGCCCGUAAUGGUGUCAAGUUCGGCGAGGCUGUGUGGUUUAAGGCUGGGUCUCAGAUAUUCAGUGAGGGUGGGCUUGACUACUUGGGCAACCCAAGCCUGAUCCAUGCACAGAGCAUCCUUGCCAUCUGGGCUACCCAAGUUAUCUUGAUGGGUGCAGUGGAGGGUUACCGUAUUGCCGGUGGGCCUCUUGGCGAGGUGACUGACCCAAUCUACCCAGGUGGAAGCUUCGACCCAUUGGGCCUUGCUGAUGACCCAGAGGCUUUUGCUGAGUUGAAGGUGAAAGAGCUGAAGAACGGUAGGUUGGCCAUGUUCUCCAUGUUUGGUUUCUUCGUUCAAGCAAUUGUGACCGGAAAGGGACCCCUGGAAAACCUCGCCGACCACCUUGCUGAUCCAGUGAACAACAAUGCUUGGGCCUAUGCCACAAACUUUGUCCCCGGAAAGUGA